AGCAGAGCACUGCUGGUCUGUCCCUCCGUUUUUCCCGAUUUAGAUCGAGGAAAAGAGGUCCUCACUGCCGCUGCUUAGACUUUGUGUCAGUUCAAGCUGUCGAGCUGUUCCCGCAUUUGGUUUUCAGUGUAAACUGUAUAAACAUUCUCUCUGUGGAGGUAGACUGAGGGGAAUGAGUAGCUGGGGAAAUCUACCGUGACUUUUUCGGAGGAGAAAGUGGCCCCCGGUGCCAACAGGGCAGAUAGUUGCUGCAGCGUAGCGGGUCAUCACUGGGAGCUGGACACGGAGAGCUAGCUCCUUCUGAAUGUAACAGCCCAGCACGGCGCCAAGAUGGACCUGAAGCUGCUCUUGCUAUCCACAUUGUUAGGAGUCUUUUCUUAUAGUAACGCUCAGAAAGAGGGGAACGAGUGCAUCAAUGCCAACGCCAAAUACUGCGGGGAGUGCAUCCAGGCCGGAGCCAAAUGUGGCUGGUGUAAAGACCCAAACUUCCUGAAACAGGGUGAAACCGUGUCGACCCGCUGUGACGAGCUGCAAUCUCUGAUAAAAAGGGGCUGUGAUGAGCAGAUGAUCGAGAACCCACAUGGGGAACGGAGGAUCCUCAAGAACAAAAUGGUGACAAAUCGCAGAAAGGGACAAGAUAAACUGAAGCCAGAGGAAAUUACUCAGAUCCAGCCCCAGAAACUCAAUCUCACCCUCCGAUCCGGUGAGCCCCAGACAUUUGACUUGAAGUUCAAACGAGCAGAAGAUUAUCCCAUCGACCUGUACUACCUGAUGGACCUGUCCUACUCAAUGAAGGAUGAUCUGGAGAACGUCAAGAACCUCGGAACCAGUUUGAUGGUGGAGAUGUCAAAGAUCACCUCAGACUUCAGGAUAGGUUUUGGUUCCUUUGUGGAGAAGACGGUCAUGCCAUACAUCAGCACCACCCCGGCCAAGCUGCGGAACCCAUGCACAGGCGAUCAGAACUGCACCAGCCCCUUCAGCUACAAGAACGUCCUGAAGCUGACCAGCGAUGGCAAGAGGUUCAACACCCUGGUCGGCCAGCAGCACAUCUCUGGAAACCUGGACUCUCCUGAGGGGGGCUUUGACGCCAUCAUGCAAGUGGCUGUGUGUGGGGACCAGAUUGGUUGGAGAAAUGUGACUCGUCUGCUGGUCUUCUCCACCGAUGCCGGCUUCCACUUUGCUGGAGAUGGCAAACUGGGCGGCAUUGUGCUGCCUAACGAUGGAAAAUGUCACUUGGAGAACAACGUUUACACGAUGAGCCACUAUUAUGACUAUCCCUCCAUCGCUCACCUGGUCCAGAAGCUGAGCGACAACAACAUCCAGACUAUCUUUGCAGUCACAGAGGAGUUCCAGCCUGUUUACCAAGAACUGAAAAAUCUGAUACCAAAGUCUGCAGUGGGCACUCUGUCUGCCAACUCCAGCAAUGUAAUCAACCUUAUUAUAGACGCUUACAAUUCUCUCUCCUCCGAGGUUAUUCUGGAGAACAGCAAGCUUCCAGAGGGCGUGACCAUAGCUUACACGUCCCGCUGUAAGAAUGGGGUGAUUAGUGAAGGCGAAAAUGGACGCAGGUGCUCCAAUAUCUCCAUCGGAGAUGAGGUCACAUUUAGCAUCAGUGUGACAUCUAAGGGCUGUCCGAAAAAAGGCAAGCAUGAGACCAUUAAGAUAAAGCCCCUGGGAUUCACAGAGGAAGUGGAGAUUACCCUUCACUUCCUCUGUGAAUGCGAAUGCCACAAGGAGGCUGUCAAGAACAGUGAACUGUGCCACUUUGGUAACGGGACAUAUGAGUGUGGAGCCUGCAAGUGUAAUGAAGGACGUGUGGGCAGACAGUGUGAAUGUAGCAGCAACGACGUGGCUACAGAGGACAUGGACCGGACCUGCCGUAAAGACAACGGCACUGACAUCUGCAGCAACAAUGGAGACUGUGUGUGCGGCACUUGUGAGUGCAAGAAAAGAGACAACCCUGAGGAGAGGUACAGCGGCCAGUACUGCGAGUGUGACAACUUCAACUGUGACCGCUCUGGAAACAAACUGUGUGGAGGGCACGGACGCUGUGAGUGCAGAGUGUGUGUCUGUGACCCGAUGUGGACCGGAAGCGCCUGUGACUGUUCUCUGGACAACACCACGUGUAUGGCUAGCAACAAGCAGAUUUGUAACGGCAGAGGAAUAUGUGAAUGUGGCACCUGUAAAUGCACCGACCCCAAAUUCCAGGGUCCCACUUGUGAAACCUGCCCUACCUGUCCAGGAGUCUGUACUCAGCAGAAAGAGUGCGUCCAGUGCCGGGCUUUUGGCACAGGUGAGAAGAAGGACGUGUGUGAGCAAAAAUGCAGCUACUUCAACCUGAUUAAAGUGAAGGACAGAGACAAGCUGCCCCAGCCCAAUGACGCCUCUUACCCAGUGGUGCACUGCAAGGAGAGGGAUGCCAACGACUGCUGGUUCUAUUACACCUACGCUGUCAACAACAACACGCAGAAGGAGGUCCAUGUGGUCGACACGCUGGACUGCCCCGCCGGUCCUGACAUCAUCCCAAUCGUAGCAGGUGUGGUCGCUGGCAUCGUCCUGAUUGGCUUAGCCCUACUGCUCAUCUGGAAGCUGCUGAUGAUCAUUCAUGACAGAAGAGAGUUUGCCAAGUUUGAGAAGGAGAAGAUGAAUGCCAAAUGGGAUACGCAAGAAAACCCCAUAUACAAGAGUCCUAUCAAUCAGUUCCAGAACCCAAGCUAUGGACAUAGAGCUGCUGCCCUUUAAGGUGAAAAUCCCAUCUACAAAAGCGCUGUCACGACUGUGGUCAAUCCCAAAUAUGAGGGAAAAUGAUGACAUCAUAAUGAACAUCACAAUGAACUCUGCUAUCAAGUAUUUGACAUCUGCAGUAUUUAGCUUGUUUGGGUACUGAGGCUUGUGGUGGAAUUCAUGUCAUUUCUUCUUGUCGCUUUAUCAUUAUAAUGUAGCAUUCAGCCACUGCAUCUGUAUUUUUACUAACACUUUAUGAUUUAUCUGCAUUUGUUUGUAUUUUAGAUGUACAGAACACAAUAUGUGUAUAUACUUUUAAGUUUCAUAUCUGCAGAAGUUGAUGAAAUGAUGGUGUUUUCUUUCCUGCCACAGGACUGGUAUGGGCAGACGAUUUAGCUUUUUUUUUUUUUUUUUUUUUUACAACACAGUGUGGACAAUAAGGAUAUACAAUAUAUGUACAAGAAUUCCUCAGCUUCUGUCUAUCUCAGACAUUUAGUCUCUGUUUUACCUCUUCUCGUUUGUCUCUGUGCACUGACUUCCUGUAUGUUUCUGUGUUCCAGACAGGACCUGAGUUUAAUAUGUAAAUUGUCAGCCAUAGCAGCACAUUAUGUCAAUGUGUGUGUAUAUAUUAGAAAACAACUGCAACAGGAAAUAUUGAAUAAUAUUUAGCAUUCAACUUAGAUUGGAAAAUUAUGUUGAAUCACAAUAGAUUCUGCAGAGGUGAAUAGUUGUAAAUGUAGUUUUAAACUGCAGCUUAGAAACAUCCAAUGUUUAAAUUUUUAUUGCACUCUUGCUGAGUACUGUUAAGUUUCUUGAAGGACUAAAUACACAAGAUGAAUAUUAAUAUCAACUAUCAUUAUUUGUGUUGUUGAUAUACUAUCACAAAGGGAUUGUAUACCACUUGUUAAAAUUAUGAAAUUGUGGCAAUGUUGAACAAUCAAAGGAUUUGUAUAGUUAUGAUACAAGUUGCAAUUAACUAACGAAAUGUUGUUGUAUUUGCUAACUGCAGUAACUUUAUUACUCACUCUCAGGUUUCCUUACCUUUCCUGUGUUCUUGUCAAGUAUGCCAAAAACAUGUUUUCUGUCAGCUUGUUCAGUGAACUGGUGAACUCUUUUGCGUGAGUCAGUUUUGUUAGUUACUUUUUUUUAGACUGUAAAAAUGAAUCCAGCGUAUUUCACAUAAAUCACCUCUGAAAUGCUUUCACACCCAAAUGCCUCUGAAGUGCAACACAAGCCUUUACAGUAUUGUUUUCAAAGUGCCUUUUAUUUCAGUACCAUGUUCUCUCUCUGUGCUGUUUAUGAGUUAUUUAUUAAAUAAAGUACAAAAACUGUA